AGUGAUGAUCAAUAAAAAUGACACUGGACAGACAACGUUUGACUUUUUCUUUGAGCAAACAAGUACUACUUGGAGCUUGGAAGAGUCAACAAACAACACCAAAUCCUCAAGUUGAGAGCUGGUUGGCCCACGUGGUCACCCACAGACAGGCUCACCUGAUCGCGACAUGCAGACAUGUGGGGGCUCAUGGUCGCAGGGCUGCUUUUCUUCCCGGGAAUUUUCCUGCUGUCAAGUCGUUCUCUGAGGAUCCUGAUGGGAUGGAGCCAGGCUGACGCCGUCAUCGUGUCAGCACGUGCUGUGUCAUCCGUCCAGGCCGUCAUGGCGGUGGCGGCGGGAUGCGUCAUUGCCUCGGCGUGCCGGAUCGACCUCCUGCAUGACAGGCACUGGAUGACUGACGCCUACAUCACGUUCGCCGCGCCCUACUUUGUCUACGACGUGUACGCCAUGUUCCUGUGCGAUUGGCACAGGCGGAGGGUCAAGGGUCACGAGGCCGAUGGCGGUGCGCGGCAGGCGGCCAUCUUGGGCUAUGUGCGGCGAGAGUAUUUGAUGGUGUUGCAUCACAUCUUCAUGGUGGUCUUCUGUUUGCCCGCUUCACUGGUAACUGUGGCAACACACAAGCCCCGCCCCCUUAGCGCUGACAUCAUCAGCUCCCUGUCUGUGUGUGUGUGGCAGGUGUGGAGGCAAGGCAAAGGCGAUUACUUCCAGGGUGUUUUGUUUCUUGCUGAGCUAAGCACCCCGUUUGUGUGUCUCGCCAAAGUGCUCAUACAGUUGAAGCGCGCCGACACGCUGGCGUUUAAAGUGAACGGCGCGCUGACGCUCUUGGUCUUCUUGGGUUGCCGUGUGGCACUCUUUCCGUAUUUGUACCUGGCCUACAGCAGGUGAGGUCAUCAACACACAACCAAUCAUUUGUCAGCGUCGCAAAAAAAAAUAAAAGCUCUUCAGGGAUUGUCCCGAAUGAAUUUUAUUCAAAAACAAAAAAGAAAACAUGCCACUUUGUACAGUACAUUGAAACUUACUGACUUACCGACUUCCCCUUAAAAAAAGUCUGCUUAUCAUAAUACUCAGAUGUUCUUUAUCCUCUGCGAAGAAUGACUGUUACUGCAAAUUACUGAAUAAGUAAGCAUGACAGAUACAGAAACAGGCACAAAGAUCGAUGAAUGGUUUCAGCCCUAUUAUUGUCUACUUGUUUUGCUUCUCAGGUACACGUCCAUCCCCGUCCAUCAGGCGGUCCUGGGGGCCCCGUGGCCAUGCACCCUGGGGGCGGGGCUUCUUUGGCCCCUGCAGAUCUACUGGUUCUGGUUGAUGUGCCAGCGGGCGUGGCGCAUCCUCGCAGCAAGUAAAACUCCACCAUGAAGCACCACUUGGGUGAGUUGACCCACAAACAAUUUAGUUCACAAGUGGUUCUUUACGCAUGUCAUCAGAUAAUUGCUUCAGAAUUGGCCGCACA